GAACAUACACAUUUUAAUUCAAAAAACAGUAGCUGGGGGGCACCUCAAACAUUUUAAUUCUCACAUCUUCUUAUCCACCGUCCACAGUAUUAUACGCAAAACUCCAUGGCCACUUUCUUCAACAUAUCUCUCUAUAUCUUUUUCUCCAAUCCUCAAAGCUUCUCUUUUCAUCUUUUGUCCCCUUACCCUCCUCCUCCAUGGAAGUCAAAUCACAAUCUUCGGUAUCCCAACCCCUACCUCUACCUCUACCGCUACCACCGCCACCUCCAUCGCCGCCGCCACCACCUGCCUCUCUUAAGACAUAUAAGUUAACAGCCUCAUCAAUCUCCUAUGCUAAAUCCACCACCAUAACAAAUAGCAUUACACCAUUCUUCCUCUUCAAGCACUGCACUACAACCCCACCAACUUACAUCCUCCGCGAUGUGUCAUUCACAGCUUAUCCAUCUCAAAUUCUUGCCAUCGUUGGGCCCAGCGGAGCAGGAAAAUCUUCUCUUUUAGACAUUUUAGCUGCAAGAACUUCCCCAACUAGUGGCACUCUCCUCUUCAACUCCUCCCCUGUCAAUCCUUCAUCGUUCCGCAAGCUAUCAGCUUAUGUUCCUCAACACGAUGCAUGCCUUCCUAUGCUCACUGUUUCCGAAACUUUCAUAUUCACUGGUCAUCUUCUCCACCCUAAAUCAUCAGAAAUCGCUACUACUGUUGAUUCUCUUCUCAGAGAGCUGAACUUAACACACUUGGCCAACGCUCGGCUAGCUAUUGGCCUAUCUGGCGGUGAACGUAGACGAGUAUCAAUAGGGCUGAGCCUCCUCCAAGACCCGAGGUUCUUACUUCUUGAUGAACCCACUUCGGGACUUGACAGUAAAUCAGCUCUUAAUGUUAUGCAAACUCUCAAGUCCAUUGCUACUUCACGUCUUCGAACUGUGAUUUUGUCCAUUCACCAACCAAGCUUCAAGAUCCUCUCUACUAUCGAUAAUAUACUAUUGUUAUCUAAAGGAACUGUUGUUCAUCAUGGAACGCUUUUUUCUCUACAAAGUUUUUUGCUCUCUAAUGGCUUUACUGUCCCUCCCCAGCUCAAUGCACUCGAAUAUGCUAUGGAAAUUUUGAAUCAGCUACAAGAGAGUAAUCCUUGUACUCCUUCAUCUCUCCCUCCAUCCUCAGAUGAUGAUGCUGCCAUAACUUCUCCUUGUGAUAAUAAAGCAAGAGAUGUCAGAUACAGGAGUUCAAGAAUCCAUGAAAUCCUUGUUCUUUAUAGUAGGUUUUGGAAGAUUAUUUAUAGAACAAGACAGCUUUUAUUGACAAAUACAUUAGAAGCUCUUAUAGUUGGCCUUGUUUUAGGAACAAUCUAUAUCAACAUUGGAUAUGACAAGCAAGGUAUUGAAAAGAGGUUCGGUCUAUUUGCCUUCACUCUUACGUUUCUUCUCUCUUCCACUACUGAAACACUCCCAAUCUUUAUCAAUGAAAGGCCAAUUCUCCUAAGAGAAACUUCAAGUGGGGUUUAUAGAUUAUCAUCUUAUCUAGUAGCAAACACUCUUGUCUUCUUGCCAUACUUGCUUGCAGUCGCUAUCAUUUACUCCGUUUCAGUUUAUUUUUUGGUGGGUCUUUGCGCUUCCUGGCAAGCUUUUGCUUACUUUGUUUUAGUUAUAUGGGUAAUUCUGCUGAUGGCAAACUCAUUUGUUCUAUUCUUGAGCUCUCUUGCUCCAAAUUAUAUAGCUGGAACUUCACUGGUGACCGUACUUCUUGCCGCAUUCUUUCUCUUCUCCGGCUAUUUCAUUUCACAAGAUAGCAUGCCUAAGUACUGGCUUUUCAUGCAUUUUUUGUCCAUGUACAAGUAUGCUCUUGACGCACUUCUCAUCAAUGAGUAUUCUUGCCUUUUAACUAAGUGUUUCUUGUGGUAUGAGGAAACCAAGACUUGCAUGGUGACUGGGAGCGAUGUAUUGCAGAAGAGAGGGCUCCAUGAGAAGCACAAAUGGACCAACAUUUACGUUUUGAUUGGAUUCUUCGUGUUCUACCGUGUGCUUUGUUUGAUGUUAUUGAUCAGAAGGGUUUCAAGAUCAAAAAAAUGAUCAACGACAAUUUCAUUGCUUGAAAAAAAAAAUGCAAUUUCUUCUGUAUGUUUUCUUUCUGCUUUUCAGUUGGAAAAUAAUUAUUGAACAUACAAUAGCAAAUCAAGUCUAAUUAGUUCAAGAACUACAUUCCCUGUA